UAGAGGGCAGUAACACAAGACUAACUGCGGAAAAAUCAUAAUAAAAAACUAAACAUGGCUUCGACAGGCUAAGGCAAAUUCAAACAAGUGUUUUAUUCCCUUUCGGAUUAUUGAAUCUAGUGUUUUCAUCAUUGGAUAAUAGAAAUGUCUUCCAUACCGCUACCUAAAGUUGUUACUCAGCGUGGAAAGACUUCACUAGAGAUUGAGAGAGACAACUUUGAGAAAAGACAGACUGUUGCCCUGAACAAGGCCAUCAAUAACCAGGAAACACCAGUCAAAGAGAAGCAUGCCAGGAAUGUUGUUCUGGGAACAUUUCAAGACAAUGGUGGUGCCAUGUUCUGGAACAUUGCCAGCAAGAUGCCUCUCCAGGCCCACCCUAUUGUGUGCUGGAAGUUUCUUCAGGUGAUACACAAGCUGAUGAGAGAUGGGCACCCCAAUGUUGUGCAGGAAUCCGUGAGACAUGGGUCACUUAUCAGAGACCUGGGCAAAUUAUGGGGUCAUUUAAAAGAUGGUUAUGGCAAGUUGAUAGCCUCUUAUUGUCGACUCAUUCUCCAAAAAUUUAAAUAUCACAAAAAGUUUCCUAGUAUUCCUGGGAACCUUAUGAUGACAGAUGAACAGUAUUACAAAGUUUGUGGAGCUGAUGUUAAUAAUUAUUUUGAAUUUUCCAUUGAUAUGUUAGACUACAUGGAUGAGAUUCUGUCUCUUCAACAAGCAGUGUUUAGCUCUUUAGACAUGUCGCGUGCAAACUCAAUGACAACCUCAGGGCAAUGUCGAUUAGCUCCCAUCAUUCUAUGUAUACUGGACUCAUGUCAGCUCUACGACUAUCUGGUCAAGUCACUGUUUCACCUGCACUCUAUUCCUCCGCAUAGUUUACCGCCAGACACACUUUCAGGUCACAGAGACAGAUUUCUUCAGUGUUAUAAAAAGUUAAAAGAGUUCUACUUUAAGUGCAGUAAUCUUCAAUAUUUCAAACAUCUAGUCCAAGUGCCCUCACUGCCAGAUAAUCCACCAAAUUUUUUAGUAGCUUCUGAUUUCACCAAACACAUUAAGCCUGCAGCAGUAGUGAAAGAAGAAGAACCUGAUGCAGAUACAGAUUCAGUGGAUAACUUAGUAGAUAUGUCUAUACCAGAAGUGCAGCCAGAGGUCAACAACAGGCCCCCAGAGCCUGAUGAAAGAGAUUUCAUAAUAGAAAGGUUGAAGAGAGAAAUUCAGCAUUUGAAAGAGGAGCUGGCCAGGGUGAAGGCUGAUGACUUGAGGAUCAUGUCAGGCCUUAAGGAAGAGAUUAGCAAGCUGGAGAAGAUUCUCUCUGAGCUGAGGUAUUCAGCCAACAAAACACUCAAAGAAAAUGAGGAUUUGAAAAAAGAUGUGGAACAACUCAAGGCUGAUGCUCUCUCAGCUUCCAAACUGCCUGAAGCAGAAAAACACGCCAAAGCCAAUGAAGAAAAAUUCAAGAAGAUGAAGAAUGUCUACAGUAAACUGAGAGAAGAGCAUGUGGCCCUAUUGAGAAAUCAUGACAGUCUAACUAAACAACUGGCCACAGAGAAGAAAACUUUAGAAGAAAAAGAUCAGAUCAUCAAGGAGACCCAACUAGAACUUAACCGCAUGCUGGAGGAAAAAAAGAUGGUUCAAGACAAUUUGGAGAAGUCUGCCAGUGAACUGGCCAAUCAGUUAUCAGAGGUCAGCAGCUACAAUUCCAAGCUGGACAAACAGAAAGAGGAUCUUGAGGCCAGACUUCGUUUGUUAGAAGAAGCCAAGAGAAAGUUAGAGUCUGACCUUGAGAUUUCCAGCAGUCAGUUGACCUCUGUGACUAGCGAGCUCCAGGAGACCAAAGAGCUGGCCCAGGAGAAAGAACAGGAGCUGACUGAUGCUAACGACACCCUGAAGAUGCAGCUGGACCAGGCUAGAGUGGAGAAGGAGACUGUGGAGACAAGGCUAGGUGAAAGGUUGUCUGAGGCCCAGGGAAAAUUGGCUUUAGUGGAGGUAGACAGGGACAGGCUGCAGGCAGAGCUAGACAAGCAAGUGUCCAGUUUGACCAGCAGGUGUCAGCAACUAGAAUCUGAGAAAGUGGAACUAGAAGCCAACUUGAAGGCAGCCAUGGAUGCUUUGAGGAAACAUUUCAUUAGUCGUAGUGUGAAAGAAGCAAGUGCCAUGAUACUUGAUGCAAUAGACCAGGGAGAUAACCCAGCUUACACCUCCAGUACUUGUACAGCAGAGUAUUUGAUAUCUCGAGCCACUCCAGUCUUGACUGGCCUUACCCGAUUGGACAAUGCAGCUGCUGCUUACAAGCUGGAUCAAGCUGAACUGGAAGCCUUAGUGAGUUCCAUCACAGCCUUUGCUCAUCACAUGUCUGAUUGUGUUGUGCAAGGUUUUGCAACAUCUCAUGCUGCUCAGAUAGAGCCAGGGGAGCAGCUGUCCAAUGCCUGCAGGCAGUCAGGUCAUUUGGGCAUGGCACUGCUCAAGGCCAUAGAGAAUGAGAGCAGUCUCGGGGAGCCUCUACAAGCAAGCAAAGAAAGUAUUGAACUGAUUAUAAAACUGGCAGAAGAUCUUGUCCCCAAGAUGGAAGAUGUAAAAGCUGAGGAAAUUGGUGAUCUUCUGGAAAAUGAGAUGGCAGGAAUGACUGCUGCCAUUGAAGAUGCUGCCGCCAAGAUUCAGGACAUGCUGAAGAAAACAAGAGAAGACAACACUGGUGUCAACCUGGAAGUAAAUGAGAACAUUCUAGGGUCAUGUACAGACUUAAUGAAGGCUAUCAAAAUUUUAGUUGAAAAGUCUAGAGAUUUACAGAAGGAGAUUAUCUUGAGUGGCAGGGGUACAACCUCAGCCAAAGACUUUUACAAGAAGAAUCACAGAUGGACAGAAGGUUUGCUGUCUGCUGCCAAAGCUGUUGGCUGGGGGGCUACAACUUUGUUGAAUACUGCGGACAAAGUGGUUAGCGGUAAGGGCAAAUUUGAAGAAAUUAUGGCCUGUGCUCAUGAAAUAGCUGCCAGCACAGCUCAGCUUGUGGUGGCCUCCAAGGUUAAAGCCUCAAGAGAAAGCAAGCUGUUGGGAGAACUAUCUUCAGCUUCUAAGGGGGUGAACCAGGCGACUGGAAAUGUUGUUGCAUCUGCCAAAACUGCAGCCACCAUCAUUGAGGAUCAGAACCUCAUGGAUUUUUCCAGUUUGUCUUUACACCACACAAAGAAACUGGAAAUGGAUUGCCAGGUCAAAGUCAUGGAGCUUGAGACAAGUCUGGAGAAGGAGAGGAGGAAACUGGGGGAACUGAGAAAGCGUCACUACACCAUGGCAGGGGAAGCAGAAGGCUGGGAAGUCAAUGAGUUUGGAGAACUGAUUAGUGAAGACAUGGCUCCAUUGGACUCCAGUGCAGAACAGUCAGAAAGAAGAUGAUUAACAGCCUUCACCUACCCAGAGUGCACUUCACCAAGGUUAAACCCCAGCCAAGGUUUAAGCUUUUUAACUGACUAGGAGGACAUUACUCUGAAUACUUUGAUGUUCAGCAGCAGCAGACACACUGGACAUAUUUAUUUAUGAAUUAAUUACUUUUAUAGCCUUGAUUUAUUAACAGAUUUACUUCUUUCUCCAAGGCUUUUCAUAAGAUGGGUAUGUAAGAAAAUGUUGUGAGAGUCUGCUUUUUGGUACAGACACAGUACUGAACACAGUAUCGAGGCCUUGUUGACUGAAUGGUACUUAUAAUGCCUGUUUGAUUCGUUGCUUUGUAUUGUAUAGCUAAUGUUGUUGUUAUGAGAAUGAUUCAUUGUUAAUGGCAAUCGUUGGAAAUAUAUGUACACUUAUUUUGUUAUUACAAAACAUAUGUUAUCAAUAUUGUUUUGUUUUUUUGUGUAAUUACUGGAUCCCUUUACAUUGUAAAACCACAAAAUUUUCUUUAUUGCUAAAACAAAAUUGGUGUCUUGGCUUUGGUUGCCUAAAGAAUUGAGGUUUAUUUUUAAAUGUCCAUUAUAUCAUGCAAACCUUAUGAAUGACUUAUUGAAUGGAUAAACGAUACAGAAAUUUUAGUUCUAUUUAAUUGAUAUAUGUACUGCAAUUAGCUGGUCAGAUAUUAUAAUGAUAUUAUUUCAAUCAGGAGUCUUUGAAGCAUUUAUUACAGAAUGUACAUUUUCUGAGUGUUUUUUUUAUGUAAACAGUAACACUGUCCAGAAAUGCUAUUGAAAAAACACUAGAUACUGGAGCUUACCAUUACAUGUGUCUGAGGUUUCAACUAACACAGCGUUAGUGUAAAUUUAAAGAAUUAUACUAUUUGCUGUAUUAGACUUGCCCAAGAAUAUUGCAUGAUUGUCUUACCAUCCCUAAUUAAACGCAUAUGUCCUAAAUUAGUAAUUGUAUUUUAAUGAUCGUUUCAUGUCAUCAAGUAGAAUCAAUAGUUGUAGUUCAACAAUGUAAAGACAAAGUAGAUACAUAGAAAUAUUAACAGGUCAGCGUUUAGUAUUUAUAGUUAGUAUAGUUAGUUUACUAGUGAUUGUGUGCAUACAAACAUUAUAGUGUUACAAAAAAGUUCUCCUUUUUCCUGGGGGGGCGGGGGGGGGGGGGGGGGGACCUAUGUUAGAGUAAUUUUUAUUACACAGAGUACAGAAGUAAUCUUCAUUACACAGAAUAUAGAAGAUAGAAGUAAUUUUUAUUACACUAAUAUAGACAAAGUUUUUUUUUUUUGUUGUUGUUGUUUUUGUUGCUAUCAUAGCAAGUUGUGCACUUAUGUUUGAUAUACUGAAUACAUUUAAUAAUCUAGUCUGCUUCUGAAUCUUAUAUAGAAAUGAUUAUAUAAUUUAUAACAACAAAUACAUUUCAAAUGUUAAUUACCUCAGUUUGUGCUUAAACUGGAAAUAUUAAUUUUACAAGUCAGGGAGGUCCAAUGACAAAAUCCAAGGACUUUUUGUAGCAUAGAUUUGCAAUUUUCAUGUACACAAAUAGUGUUGUUAUUAAAAGUUUCUUAUAUGGCUUCUGGUGUCAGACAUUUCAUAAGUUUUUGUCAUGGAACUUGUUUUAAUGUCUCAUGGAUUAAAUAAAUGUAGAACCUUUUUAUUUUUAUUACUAAAUUGUUUUUUUGUUGUUUUUUUUACAUUUUAAGUUUUGAGGUACAUUAUUUUUAUUUGGUUGGAAGAAAAUGUAUAUUAGCUUUUUUUUUCUAAUAGGCAACUAAAGAUGCCUUCCAUAAUGGCUUUAAAUUGAUUCAUAGUUAGUGGGGCAACUAAAGAUGCCUUCCAUAAUGGCUUUAAAUUGAUUCAUAGUUAGUGGGGCAACUAAAAAUGCCUUCCAUAAUGGCUUUAAAUUGAUUCAUAGUUAGUAGGGCAUUUGUUCUGUGCUUGCAGUUUGAGUAAUUUUCAAGAUUUCACUCUACAUUUGAUCACCUAUUAGUUUCAUUUAUGGAGCAAAUUAUUUUUGGGCAGUAAAUGGUCUGUGUUGAAUUGAACACGAGAAAGUGUUCUGCUUUCUAGGGAUCAAUUUAAGGUUAAGGUUUAUGUGAGGGUUAAGGGUUAAGUUAUGAUUUUCACCCUUGUCUUUUAUUACAUGGAAUAUUUGGUCUUGACUGAAUGACCAUUUGUGUGUUGGUGUGCCAGGCACUUCAAGGUGUGUCAAUGGUGUUUGUAAAGGAAAAAAAAUCUGAAAUAUUAGAAAUAUUUUUUAUUUCAUUAAUGUAAUUAUUGAUAAGGAGUAUUACUACAUGGCCUCAGUUAAACCUAGUUUAACCCUAACCCUAGCUUGAUGAUAAUGUUAUCAAGUGAUGUGAUGUUUGUAUGAGUACAGUUAUAACAAGAAUUGUAUUGGUGUAUAUCCUAGUAUGUUUAACACAAUGAUAACUUUUUGAUUGGAUUUAGCGGAGUGCCUGUGUGUAUGAUAACAUUGACUGGGCCAUGUAUGGCAAAGAUAGGACACUUAAAUAGUUGAGUGACACAAGUGCAUCAUUUAUUUAUUCCUAUGGUGUCUUCAUAUAUUAAACAGUUGCAAUAAACAUUGUUGGGAUGGUGGGUCCGUCAACCUCUAGCUCGGGGAAAAAUGUUUAUAUAUAGUUGAUCUUCUGAUGAGACAUUGACCUAAGAAAAGGAUUAUGGGCACGACAUGGCCUAAAUUGUGCCGAUGUGCCUAAACUCAAAAACUUAAACUCACAUUGACCUAAAGCCACAAUAUAUAAUUAAAAAUUAAGAGAAAAAAAAAACUGCUUGUUUGUUUGUUUUUUUAAAUAGGGAAGAGGUGCUUUUUUUCUUGAUAUCACCUUACCUUGUGUUGAGUUGACCUAAUAGUCAAGGUGUACUAGUCUGGCCAUGUAUAACAGUGACACCCCAACCAACAUUACAGUAUGAAUAAUAGUUUCACAUAUUGAAUACAUUACAAAACAUUCAAUUACUACUUAUGUAUAUGUGUGUCUAGCUUGAAACACCUGCACAGAGAGAGAUUGUUUCAAUUUUGAUGUUUGAAAAGUUUCUCAAGUUAGUUCAUUUCUUUGUAAGUCAACUAACAAUAUUAGUACAAGCUCCUAAACAUUGUAUUGGGUUGAGAAUGAACAUGUUGAUAACCUCCACCUUGUGCUAAAUGUUUCCUGAUGACUACAUCCUGCUUUCAGCUUCGUUUUACUGUUGUUCAAAGUUUUACUAUCAAAUUUACUUGAGAUGGAGAUGUAUGGACUAUGUGAAUGUCUUGUAGUCUGUUAGUUUCAAUGACUCAUUGCAAAUGACAUUAAGUUUGUCAAGAUUAACAGUUUUUUUUCCCCUCUUUGUUUCAGUACCAUUCUAAUUUAUUUUGCUAUACAAUCUCAGAGCUAACUACUUCUUGACAUGUGUAUUAUGUACAUUUAAUUUCUCUCAAGUCCUGGUUCAGUUUGUUUGUAAUUAUAGUUACAAUAACAUUUCUGAACAGAUAACAAA